UCUCUCUCCCUGCCCCCGCCUCUCCCCGAGCCCUUUUCCCCUUCGCCCGUUGUACGCUGCUGUGGGUGCCUGCUGUCUUUGCCGCUGCUUCUUCAUCGUAAGCCUUGAAGGAGGGUCUUCGCUGCAGCGCCCCUACUUCCCCCCCGUUCUUCGUUCCAGCAGGCUAGAGUAGGAGAACGAGGUUUUUGAGCACGGCGAAAGCGGGCGGUCGGGGCGCAGGAGGAGGACGAGGAAAUUGGGGCGACGAGAGGAGAGGCGGGAUUGUUAGGGAGGGAGGGGCGGGAGAAAUUGUAGGCGAGGGUUUGGGAGGCGGAAGAGAUUUUUGACAGGGCGGAAGGAGGACGGGGUGGUGUUGCAGAGCGCGCAGGAUUGCGGGGACGAGGAGCAGGAGGAGGAGGAGGAGCAACUAUGGCGGACUCGAGGAAUGGAGACGCCAAGGGGGGGAGCUCGAGCAAGGGAGGCGGGGGUGGGGAUGGCGGGGGUGGAGGCGGAGGCGUGCAGAUUAACAUGGACAUGUAUUCCAAGAGGUUGAAGGCCCUGUAUGGAUCGUGGAACGAGAACAAGGAGAGCUGGGGAAACGUCGAUGCAAUUGCUGUGGUGAGCGCGCCGUCGAGCGAGGAUUUGCGCUAUCUCAAGUCGUCGGCCUUGCACAUUUGGCUGCUAGGCCCAAAUCCUCGACGACCUGCGCAAGAGCUCGAAGAAGCUCACCUCCGUCGAGGUCGUCCUGCACUCGAAAGCUAGGUCGGACGAUGGCAGCACGCAGAUGCGCUCCAUUCUGGAUGCCGUCAAGACCAAGACCAAGGGCGCGCCCUCGGUCGGGGUGCUGCCCAAGGAAGCCCCCGAGGGCGCUCUCAUGGAGCGGUGGGCCGACAUGCUCAAUGGCUACGACUACAAGCUCGUCGAUGUCUCGGGUGGCUUCUCGGACGUGUUCGCCGUCAAGGAUGAGUCGGAAAUUACCAACAUCAAGAAGGCCUCGUUUCUGAGCUGGUCCGUGCUGAAAAAUUAUGUCGUGCCGAAGCUCGAGGUGGUCAUCGACGAGGAGAAGUCCAUAACGCACGCCGAGCUCAUGGAGAGCACGGAGGAAGUGAUUGUGGAUCCUUCCAAGGCCAAGGUGAGGCUGAAAGCCGAGAACGUCGACAUUUGCUACCCUCCCGUUUUCCAAAGCGGGGGCACCUUCGAUCUGAAGCCGAGCGCCGUCAGUGACGAGGAGCCUCUGUACUACGACGCAAUGGGCGUGAUCAUUUGCGCCAUCGGCGCUCGGUACACUUCCUACUGCUCGAAUAUCGCAAGAACGUAUUUGAUUGAUGCUGACAAAGUCCAAGAAAAGGCCUACAAGGUGCUUCUGAAGGCGCACGAAGCUGCCAUCAACGCGCUCAGGCCGGGCAAGUCCAUGUCCGCCGUCUACAAAGCCGCGUUAGGGAUUGUGGAGAAAGAGGGCCCGGAGUUCAUCCCCCAUCUCACCAAGAAUGCCGGGACAGGAAUUGGGAUUGAGUUCCGAGAGUCAGGGCUGUCGUUGUCGGCGAAGAACGAGCGAACUCUGAGAGCCGGAAUGGUCUUCAACGUCGUUCUCGGUUUUCACGGUCUGCAAGCCGAGACCUCGACGGAUCCUAAAACUCGCAAUUUCUCACUGUUGCUCGCCGACACGGUCAUCGUGCAAGAAAAGGGCCCCGAAAUUGCAACCGGCCAGUGCUCCAAAUCGUUCACCGACAUAGCCUACUCGUUCAAAGACGAGGAGGAGGACGAAGAACGCGAAGAGAAGAAGCCCAAGGUGAAGGCGGAAACCAAUGGGGCCGAAGCCCCCGGCGUCAGAAUGGCCACCCUGAGGUCCGACAAUCAAGAAAUGACGAAAGAGGAGCUGCGACGGCAGAACCAAGCCGAGCUCGCGCGAGCUAAGAACGAGGAGACUGCCAGAAGGCUGGCAUCGGGAGGCUCUGGAGCCGGAGACGGGGGCAACUCGGUGAAAGCCGGAGGAGAAAUCGUCGCCUACAAAGAUGUGAACGACAUUCCGACCUCUCGGGAGCUGAUGAUCCAGGUCGAUCAAAAGAGGGAGGCUGUUUUGUUGCCUGUCUACGGAUUGCUCGUGCCCUUCCACAUCGCCACCGUGAAAAGCGUCACCAGCCAACAGGACGGAGGCCACUGCUACAUUCGGAUCAUCUUCAAUGUGCCAGGAGCAGGGUUUGGAGCCAACGAUCUCCCCACGCAGAAGUUUCCCAGGUCUAUCUUCGUGAAGGAAGUGUCAUUCAGGUCCAGCGAUGUCCGCCAUGCGACUCAGGUGGUCCAGCUGAUUAAGACCAUGAGGCGGCACGUCGCCCAACGAGAAUCCGAAAGGGCAGAACGAGCCACUCUCGUGACUCAAGAGAAGUUACAGCUCUCGAAAGGCAGGCCCGUGAGGUUAUCGGACCUGUGGAUCAGACCUGCGUUCGGAGGCAGGGGCAGGAAGAUGAGUGGCUCUUUGGAGGCCCACACCAAUGGAUUCCGGUACUCGACCAUGAAGCAGGAUGAACGUGUGGAUAUCAUGUACCGGAACAUCAAACAUGCUUUUUUCCAGCCCGCAGAGAAAGAGAUGAUCACGCUUCUUCACUUUCACCUCCAUAAUUUCAUCAUGGUGGGCACGAAGAAGACGAAGGAUGUGCAGUUUUACGUGGAGGUUAUGGAAGUAGUACAGACUUUAGGUGGAAACCGUAGAUCUAUGUACGACCCGGAUGAGAUAGAGGAAGAGCAACAGGAAAGGGACAGGCGGAACAAAAUCAACAAGGAGUUCGAAGUGUUUGUGAAGAGGUUAGCGGAGCUCUGGGACCAGCCUCCUUGGAGGGAGAUGGACAUGGAGUUUGAUAUCCCCUUCAGAGAGCUUGGAUUUCACGGAGUUCCGAAUAAGUCAUCUGCCUUCAUCGUGCCUACCGUCAACUGCCUUGUCGAACUCGUCGAGACACCGUUCCUUGUCAUAACUCUGAAUGACAUCGAGAUUGUGAACUUGGAAAGGGUCGGACUGGGGCAGAAAGCUUUUGAUAUGGCUAUCGUGUUCAAAGACUUCAAAAGGGAUGUGAUGAGGAUCGAUGCGAUCCCGUCGCAAUCUCUGGAUGGUAUUAAGGAGUGGUUGAACUCCAUGAAUAUCAAGUAUUAUGAGAGUCGGAUGAAUUUGAACUGGCGGCCGAUCCUGAAGACGAUUCUGGAUGAUCCAGAGAAGUUUAUCGAUGACGGAGGAUGGGAGUUUUUGAACAUGGAAGGCAGUGACUCAGAUUCUGAGAAGUCGGAGGAGUCUGAUGAAGGCUAUGAGCCCUCAGAUGCGGAGGAGCCCUCCGAGGAGUCGGAGGACGACUCUGAUGACGAGUCGGUAGUGGAGUCUGAUGACGAAGAGGAGGAGGACGAGGAUUCAGAAGAAGAGGAAGGCCUGACGUGGGAUGAGUUGGAGGCUAAAGCCAAGAGGGAGGACAAGGAGAAGGGUGAUGAAUCAGACAGUGAAGAUGAGAGAAAGCGGAGGAAAGCCAAGGCUGCUGGCAAAUCUCGGGCGCCAGAAGUGAGGAAAGACUCCAGGGGCAUGCAAAAUAAGAGACCGAAAGUUAGGCGAUAGAUGAAGGAUAUUCUGUAGUCACUGUCAGUCAUAUGACAAAUCAAGCGCAGCACUGAGGCUCGAAGUCUACCGGAGUCGCAUGCGUUGAUCCUUGGCAGUGGAUCAUCGCAUGUUAUCCGUCACUCAAAGCUACCUCAAGCUGGUCUUCAGCAGUUGGACUCCGCAUAAGCUUCAUCGUCGAAGACACAGUUUGAGUGCCAUCCGUGCUCAGUCAUUUGAAAACUUGCGGGUCGCGCAUGUCGCUGAGGCGAGUUCGAGCUGCACAGCGCGUCCCAGCCGGUCCAGACUUUGUCUGAAUUUGAGGGUGCAAUUUUUGAGACGCAAUCCGGAAGCUGGGUUGUACAGUCUUUCGACUUAGAAAAGACUAGUGUUUUAGUAC